AUGAGUAACAACAACAACAACAACAACAAUAACAGUAACAACAAGGGGAACGGGAGCCUCUUGGACAAGUUUAAGCAAGGAGUCCAGAAAUUGGCGGCGGAGCUCUUUAAAGACAACGAUUCCAAGCCGCGGGGUGACACGACCCCAUGUCCUGGUGCCAAUGGAACAAGCAUCGGCACAUUUCAGCAGUUCAACCUGCUGUGCGGCCGCAACCUAGCCGGGGAGAUUAUUGAUGAGAGCCAGCAGUCCAGCUUCCUGGCCUGCAUCGACCAUUGCGCUUCCUUCCACCCCCGCUGCGAUUCUGUGUCUUUUGAUGGUUCAGACUGUCGCCUCAAGAACGGUACUGGAACUGCCGGUUCGCGCAGUUCGACCAGGUUCGACUCGGCCGUGGGGCUCUUUGGCACAAUUCCGAGCGACUCGGGAUGUAACGCCCUCGGGGCGUCGACGACGAUUGGUUCGACCAAGUUUGACAUUUCGUGCGGCUUCGUGAUCAACGGUAACGAUUUGUUCCAGGAGCACAAGACCAACUUUAACGACUGCCUGACCCUCUGCUCGCAGACCCAAUCCUGCGCUGCCGUCUCGUUCGACGUGGAUAUGGACCAGGGCUUUCAAAACUGUUACCUCAAGCGAGGAAGCACAACCGAGGGUCCUGUUCGGAUGGUCGGCAUUGAUAGUGCUGUCGUCAAUAAAAAUGCGCCCUCAUCCGCCCAGUCUUCGACAACCACGUCUUCUUCGUCGACAUCCUCCUCGUCUUCAACGUCCUCGUCUUCGGUCCCUGUUGUAACAUCCGUCACGCAAUCCAGUGCAGGGACCACGCUCACAUCUUUAACCUCAUCGACUUCCGCUGUCGCCGCGGCCACCAGCACGACAAUCAUCACAAGCCUGGUGACUAAGACAUCCAUAUUGGAGGGAAGCACGACUCUCUUGACCUCUUUGGUGACCUCCACAAAAGCCCUGACGCUUCCACCUGCCAGCGCAACGCCUUCGGAGUACGACACCAACGGAGUAGAAGGCAUAUCAGUUCAAAAGUCCAACAAAACGAGCCCAGAAGUGAUCGCCGGCUCAGUAUUGGGCUCUCUGGUUGCUAUCCUAAUAAUAGCAGCACUGCUCUUCGCGCUUUGGCGCAAAAGGCGGGACGAGGAGGCCAUUGAUGACGGCGACAUGACUGAAAAUUCGGGCGCCUCAUUUGCGCGUAUUUCUGCCUGGUUCCGGGGCCGGCUGCCGCAGAGGAGCUACGACGAUAAAGACCAAGUCAGUGAGAACGCCGGCGGCGGUGUGGCGGGAUUCUUUGGCAACCUGAGGCGACUUGUUGAGUCACGUGGAGGUGACGGGGGAAGUAGGGCAUAUAAUGAGAAGAUGCGCGCCACCGAGCAGGGCAUCUUGAGCAAUCGGAACAGUCAGGCGAGUGUGCGGACUGAGGAUUAUGGUUAUGAGGCGAGUUUGCGGUCAGAGGACUACGGUGAUGACGCCAGUUUGCGGCAUGAGCACCAUGGUGAUGAUGGGUUGACACCGCCGGUGCUGCCGAUGCCGCCGAUGCCAGCUUACGAUUCACGACGGAGCGGGUUUUUUGAGCUUCGGGACAGCAUGAAUGGUUUGGCGCAGCAUAAACCUGAUUAUGGGAGGGAAUGA